AUGUCAGAUGUGCUCAAAAUUCUUGAAACAACUCCCUUGUUGGAGACUCUGAAGCUGGAGAGGGUUGUUUCCGGAGCGUUAGAGACCGAUCAAGUCGUCGAUUUACCCCACCUUCGCUCUAUACGACUAGUUGGAUAUUAUAUGGAGAGUGCUUGUCUUCUCAAUUAUCUUUCCCUUUCCCAGGAUCCAAACAUCGUUCUUAAAGGCCUCGAUCUUAAUAUCUAUACCAGCCACGUAGGGGUAGUCGCAUCGGCUAUCGCGGCGAAGAUAUCUAAUUCGGACCGGUUACGCACCCUGUCGAUAGGCAGGCAGUGUCCCGGCUAUGGCUGGCGUAUCCAAAUUUGCGAUACUCUCCAGUCGAUGGCCUCAUUUGACAUUUCUCUGGAGAAUGGGGUGGGCCCACUCGAUGUUGCUUUCGAUGUGCCCUCGGCCGCGGCGCCGGACGUAAUCGGAACAUUUUGCAGACAUCUCCCACUUGCGCAAGUGCAGAACCUCAGUCUAUUGUCUACCGAUCUUGAGAUGCCAUUACAGGUUCGAUGGGUUAAGACCUUUGGGAAGCUAGAGAACGUAUCUCUGCUGCAGAUCGGAGGAAAUCUGGCGCAACAUCUCCCGCUCGCACUUGGCAUUCGCGAGGAAGACGGGAAUGUCAUCGUUUUCCCUAAGUUGCGGGAAUUGCAGCUGAACGACGUCCGCAUUAGGGAUUACAAUAGCCCUGGUAGCAGUCUUUUCUUGGACUCAUUCCUGGAUUCCCUGAUGCAGCGCUGCGAUCACGGUGUAGAGAUCCGCCAUUUGAAGCUCGCGAAUUGCAUAAACAUGGACAUGACUGAAGUCGUUCUCAUAUCUGAAAUUGUGCCCUCGGUGACCUGGGAUGGCAUCGAGGAUUUUGUGGAAGACGAUGAAGAGGAAGAGGAAGAGGAAGAUGACGAGGGCGAGGACGAGUCGGAUGGCUCGAGUGGUUUUGAAUAUCGACUUCACUCUCGCGCCGUUCUACGGAAUGAUCGUCUGUAG